AUGCACCUGAAAACCAGCAAGAGAGUAUACAGAGACACUGCGGGAAGAUUUCAAAUAUUAGCGUUUAUGGACGAUAUAAAAUGCCACACUGCAACCAAAAAAGGACUACAAACAAUCACCCGCGAAUUAGAACGCAGUGCAAAGGAAUUGGGACUCCAGCUGAAUUCAGAGAAAUGCGGAAUGUACAGCAGAACAGAGGAACAGGAUGAGGAAGGGACUUCAUUCUUGCCAGAAGUGAGAAAUGGCUACAAAUAUUUGGGUAUAGAACAGCUUGAAAGGGAUACAGACAGGAAUUAUGAAACCACCAAAAACAAGGCGAUAGAAACAACGAAGGAGAUCUGUGAAUCAUUGUUAACAACCCCACAGAAGGCUGAACUUUAUAACACCACCGUAAUACCCAGCAUUAUCUACAUUAUGGGUAACCUAUAUCCUGAUGAAAAGAGAGCCACAACCCUAAAGAAAUGUCGAGAAAUUGAUAAGGAGGUGCGAAAAGUCCUAGUGGAGUACAACAUAAAAGGAAAAACGACAUCUAAUGACCAUGUAUAUCUGCCAGUUAGUAGAGGAGGAGUAGGUGUGAAGUCGAUUGAGGUAGAGACGGAAAUUCACAUGGUCAAGAGGGGAGUUUACAUCAAAUCACACCCAGAGAUGCGUGAGGUACAAGAAAGUUUCCUACAAUUACAGAGAGGUGGGUGGAGAAAUCCACUGACCGAUCAUGAUUUUGUUGUCUCUAAAUACAACUGCCCAAACGUAGAACAUACAGGAGAAAAAAUCACAAAAAACUGUAAAUUCCUGAAGAAGCAUAUCGAAGAUGUUUUCUACAAACAACUGCAAAAAGAGUGGGCAAAGAACAUGCAUUAUGGGAAAAUAUUCAUGCAAGAGCAGUCCAAUGUGGAAGUCCCAGCAUACACUUCUCCACUUAUGGAUAGUUGGCGGUUCUCUCUACUCCAUAGCGCAGCAGAAGAACAAAUACAUGGAUUGGGAUCAAUUCCGGGAAGGAGACGGAAUUGCAGAAGGGGGUGCGACAAAUGUGAAACAGCAUAUCAUGUUAGUAGUGCCUGCAUCCAAGAUGCCUACAACACCAGGCAUGACUUCAUAGUCCAUUGGGUCCUUAAAUCAUUGCUUAGCGGCCUAGGAGCCCCAGAAGAGAUUCAACUACAGUUUGGUAAGGCCUGCCUGUGUGUGGACUUCCUUGGUAAACGCAAGGUGGAAAUAAGAGCAGGAGGUAAAAUACUUACAGAAAAACAACUCCACCACAACAAGCCAGACAUCUUCAUACACCUCUAUGAUCCAGAGGAAAUAAUUGUACUGGAAAUCUCAGUUGCACAUCUGCAAAACUACAGGCUCCAAGAAAAAAUCAAGAAGGUGAGAUAUUCAGACAAUGGCUGUACACACAUAGACCACCAAAAUGUGGAGGAGACAAGCAGAGACCUAAAUCUGGUGGAUGCGCUGCGAUCAAACUACCAUUGCCCCGUUCACCUGGGCAUAUUUGUUGUUGGCUGCUUCGGGGAAAUAGUGGCCACUGAGGAGCAUAAGAACUUUAAAAAAUUAAUGACCAAUAUGGGCUUAAGCAAUUUGAAUAUCAGAAUACUUAUUAACAGAAGCUCCUACAGCGCCGCUGUCUCCACGAGCAAUAUAAUUUUGAAGCACUUAAAAUAUUAA